AUGUUUGACAAUGUUAAAGUAACAAUAUUAGUUAAACGUCCUGGUUUAGGUCGUAUUGGCCGUCCUAUAAGUGAUGUAAAAACUGUUUUCGAUGGUCGACAGAAUAUUUUUGCCGCUAGACAAUUACCUUUUGCGAUACGGCCACUUACAAUAUAUGUCUUUCGGAAGAUGCCGCCUACACCUGGAAGAAUGAUGAUAAAUGUUGAUGUAAGCGCUACUGCUUUUUAUGAAAGUAGUGAUUUAGUACAUAUGGUUGCAAAGAUACUCGAACGUAAUAUACGUGUUACUCAUCGUGAUGAUUGUUCCGUACGCUCGUUUAAGAUUCUUAAAUUAACUGAUACCUCAACAUCAAAUACUCAACUUAAUUUUGGUUAUGAACGGAUUGAUAUUGCUUCAUACUUUCAAAAUACGUAUAACAAACCUCUACAAUUUCCAUCCCUGCCUUACGUGGUCGUCAGAGGAAAUAUAUUUUUUCCAAUGGAAGUAUGUAAAGUUGUUGAGGAACAACAUUAUAUUCGCAAAUAUAACGAAAGGCAGACAGCAGAUAUAACGAAAUUUUCUUGUCAACCACCUCAUAUCCGUGCAAACAAAAUUAAACAAGGUUUACUUGAUUAUCGACAAAAUGAGUAUAUGAAGCAAUUUGGUUUGAUUGUAUCUGAGGAAAUGGCUGUAGUUCCGACCAGGAUAUUACCUGCUCCAAGAAUACGAUUUCAUUAUUCUUCUCGUACCGCUGCCUUUGUUCCAAGGGAUGGGUCAUGGAAUUUACGUGAUAAGAAAGUUGCUACUGGGGCCACUUGGUUCAUGGAUACUGGAAUGAAUAUCCCGAAAAAGAAUCCACCAAUUAUUCAAGGUAAUCAUCAAGUUAAUUUAUGCAUCCUUCCUAACACCGGUUUACCAUUAUAUGCUGAAAUUAAGCGUGUGUGUGAUACAAUAAUUGGUGUUGCUACUCAAUGCGUUCAAUCCAAACAUAUUUUUCAAGCAAAAAGACAAUAUUGCGCUAAUUUAUGUCUUAAAAUGAACGUUAAACUUGGUGGUAUGAAUUCAUUCAUUGAACCAAGUUGUAUACAGUUUGUUACGGAACGCCCUACCAUCGUAAUGGAUGCAAGCGUCACUCAUGCUCCUGGUGAUGAUGAGUCUCGUCCAUCCAUUGCUGCUCUAUGCGCUUCAGUAGAUGCAAAAGCAUCUCGUUAUGCAGCUUCUAUUCUUGUUCAAGCAGGUAGACAAGAAAUUUUCUCUGACUUUUCAGGUAUGAUAAAGGAGCAUUUGAAAUCCUUCUACCAGACAUGUGAAAGGAAACCAGAAAGUAUGUUGUUAUAUCGAAAAGGUAUCUCAGAGGGCCAAUUUGAACAAUUUCUGGAUUUAGAAAUCGAAGCCGUAAGAGCUGCGUGUGCAUCCCUUGAUGCGAAUUAUAAACCGUCCAUAACCUUUGUGGUUAUACAGAAACGACAUCACACUCGCCUUUUCCCUGUGGAUAAGAAAGAUUCAGAUAAUACAGGAAACUGUCCGGUUGGUACGGUGGUUGAAUCAACAAUAACGCAUCCUUUUGAAUUCGACUUUUAUCUACAGAGCCACGCUGGAACACGAGGAACUUCGCGUCCAAUGCAUUAUUACGUAUUAUAUGAUGAAAACCGUUUCAAUGCCGAUUCUCUUCAAACUUUAUCGUACAAUUUAUGUUAUUCAUUUGCGCGAUGUACACGUGCAGUUUCUAUUGUCCCACCAGUGUAUUAUGCGCAUUUAGCUUGUUCCAGGGUUUCAUUCGAGAGGUGA